AAAAACUAUGCGGGGUUGUCUAAGCAAGAAUAUAGUUUGGGGAGUUUAUUGAUAAAGCAUCGAAACUUGAGGGAGAAAAUUGAAAUGUGUGUCUUAUAUUUUUUAUGUCAGAGAUUAAGAUCGACCUCUCAAAUUGCCAGCUCCAAAGAAUUCUCAAUCUGCAAGAACGAAAGAAGACUCUCUCAGAGCUUCUUUCUCAAAAUCGAGAAAUUUCCCAAUUCAGAAGUUAAAGGGCCGGAAGAGAGGAGAGGAAAUGGGGGCGAAAUCAAAAUCUGAAAAAUUUUCUGCAGAAUUUGUAAUGGGAGGAGCGGCAGCAAUAGUAUCAAAGAGCGCUGCAGCACCAAUUGAAAGAGUGAAGCUUUUGUUGCAAAAUCAAGGAGAGAUGAUUAAGAGAGGCCAACUCAAAACACCUUACACUGGGGUUCGUGAUUGUUUCAAAAGGGUUUUUAGAGAAGAAGGUCUUUUUUCGUUUUGGAGAGGUAAUCAGGCCAACAUCAUUCGAUAUUUCCCUACUCAGGCUUUCAAUUUUGCAUUCAAAGGUUACUUCAAGGGCCUUUUUGGAUGCUCAAAAGAGAAAGAUGGUUACAUAAAGUGGUUCACAGCGAAUGUUGCUUCUGGAAGUGCAGCUGGGGCAAUAACAUCAUUGUUUCUGUAUCAUUUGGAUUAUGCACGUACCCGUCUAGGAACCGAUGCUAGACAGUGCCCGAUAAAUGGUCAACACCAAUUUAGAGGGUUAUUUGAUGUAUACAGGAAAACUGUGUCAAGUGAUGGAAUUUUAGGUCUGUAUAGGGGAUUUGGGGUUUCAAUAAUGGGAAUUAGUCUUUACAGAGGCAUGUAUUUUGGUUUCUAUGACACCAUGAAGCCAAUCAUUUUGGUGGGAUCUUUUGAGGGGAAUUUCUUUGCUAGUUUCUUGUUAGGUUGGAGCAUCACCACUGUAUCUGGAGUCUGCGCUUAUCCCUUUGACACUCUGAGACGGAGAAUGAUGCUUACUUCUGGAAAUCCUGUGAAGUAUCGCAACUCCAUGCAUGCUUUUCAUGAGAUCAUUCGUCUUGAAGGUUUUCAAGCACUAUAUCGAGGAGUUAGUGCAAACAUGCUUGUUGGAGUGGCAGGAGCUGGAGUACUUGCUGGGUAUGAUCAGCUGCACAGAAUUGCAGUUAGAUAUGGCUAUGUUUUGGAACCACGCCAGAAUACCAUGAAGUAAUCCUUCGCAUGCUAUUUGAACAUUGCUGUAGCUUCAUUCGCUGAUUCUCAUGGUAAAAUGGGGGUGGGAAUGCUUGUAAAAUAGACCUGUGAAAUUGAUUUGUUGUUCAGGUUUUACCCUGAACGCCUAUGGAAUAUGAAGGGAUGCUUCCAUGAUCAUCAUCUUGAAAACCAAAAUGAGCAUUCAACUGGAAAAGGAGGAUGGGCCAAGACAAUGGCCUGGAUUAAACUAAAGGAAGGAUCAUAUGGUUCCUUCAAUGUAAUAAAUAUAUCAAUCAUUCAAAAUUUAAGGUCUUGCUAUUCAAGGCUUAAUGGCCGAAUGGAAGAAACAGUUGGCCCCACUUUUUAAUGAAAUCCAGCUGGACCUUGUAUUUUUAUG